AUGCACUCCCAGCUGCAUGCCCCGUCCCUCCUAGGUCUCUUCGGUGCCCUCCUGAUGCUGUGUCCGGAGCAGCUACUGGGGAACACCGAGGUUCUUUCCGACUUGCCCAUCAAUGCUCCGGGGGUGCGUAACGUCCUUGUCUUCGCCGUGGAACAAUACAACAAGGACAAAAUUGACGAUGGCAACUAUUACAAGCUAAAGUAUGUUUUAAAGAUUCAGUCACCGGUGACUAAUCGGAACAAAUACUGUCUUAUGGUGCACAUGGUUAAAACAGAGUGUGAAAAGACAUCGGAAAAGAGUUAUCGCGAGAUCCAGAAAUGUACAGGUCUUCCAGGGCUCUCAAACAACCCAGCCUGCUUCUUUAAAAUUAUGGUUGGUUCUUCGCCGAACAAUAUGAACUUGGCAAUGACCGCCUGUUCCACAACUUUACGCCAACCUCCGCAUAACCUCUUCUGCUCAGGAUAA